UAUACGUAUUUACGUACAUCUUGUCUUCGCUUGGGAAUAAAUAUAUGUAUAUCGAAGGAACCCUAGGACGCAGCGCAGGCUACCUCUUCUGUUUUUCAACGAUCGCAUCUCAUCUCAUCAUCGACGCCCCUGCCUAGCAAAAGCAAAAGAAGGAGGUACGUCGAUGGCCGACGUCGAGAAUCCUGCAGGUCCCAACAAGGGCGAUGACGAGUUCGUGGUGGCGGAGCCGAGCGAGUGCAUCGGGUUCGGGAAUCCUGUUCCCAAGAAGGACGGCCACGGCCUCGUGGUUUUGGUGGCGGAGCGGAGCAAGUUCGUCCGGAUCGCGGCCAUGUGCAUGGCGCUCUUCUUUGGAUUGGCGUUACUAUUCAUCUCGAUCCUCCUGCUCAUACUCUUCGAUAACGCCUAUCCUGGGACCAAGCUCGCCGUCGUUGCGUUUGUCGCGGGGAUCAUAGGCAUGGCUGUUGCCUGGACUUGGUUAUCGCUCGUCUACCGUAUCCUUGACGUCGAAGAUGCACAGGGACGUGGAAGACUCAUAGAUAGGUACUGUAUCCAUCUUUUUUUUGCGAAAGCUGUACCGUACGCCGUGGUACAUGUCAAUUUUCUAAGGCGGUUGCUAGGAAUCAACCGCAUCCGCCUAGCCAGCCCUCUGAUCUGGUGCUGUGGUCGUUCUAUCCUCGUCUGAGGCAGCUUCCUUCCUCCCCUAGUCUCGAAUCCACCGCUCCCAAGCAUAGACAACAACACGACGCCCGGACACUGCACGACGAGGAAUGACGCCUUGCAGCACGACGCCCUGUCGUUGCACCGGCCCGACGGACUUGCAGCAGCACGACACCUCGACGAGCGCAGCGCCGGUGAGGUGCGACGACACCGGCUACUGUUCAUUUCAUCAGUUGCUACGCAGCAGGAUUGAUUACGGCAAAACAAACCAGAGGGUGACGCUGGCCACCCCCGCUGUUGCCGGUGUGCCUCCAUGGGUGCUACUUUCCAGCUUUGCCGCCGUUGCAUUAAAACAUGUGUCGCCGGCGAGAUCUAUGAGUUGAAGUACCACGCUCGUUGCUUUGCAGCGCCCACGGGCGACGGCAUCCUGCGGUUGCAGUGCAGGCUAUCGAGUGAUGCUGCGUUGCAGCAUCUGCAGUCAUUGGCGAUAUCUUCAGGUUGCAACCCUGCGGUCACCACCACGAAUGAUGCUACAUUGUAGCUCCAGCGGCGCGGGAUCCGGCUCGAAGCAGCACGCGUGUUGUAUUGCAGCUUCAGCGACCUUCCAGCAUGACCUUCUGCUUGAUCUUGCUUGACCUUUGAGGCUUUCCUUCACUUAUGUUGCGAUCUCCUUGGCGAAUGAGUCUAACAUGUCCAUUUGGACAAGGUAGUGAUCUAGCGUGUAGAGGAAGGAUCGAUGGUACUUGCUUCAGUUUCACCAUCAGAACCAUCAACUUGUUGACUGCUAUCCAUGUUGCAGAACAGGGGAGAAAUGGUGCACUGUGAAGGAGUGAGGAAAAGAGAAGCGUAGGCCUGCAUAGGCAUGUAUAUAUAGCACAAUUGAAACGAUUCAUGUGUAAAUUAGAAUCUGAAACGAUUGAGCUUCACUCAAUGAUAAAAAAAAGGUAACCGCG